AUGGCCCGACCGCACCAUCAAAACAGAAUGACUGUGCUAUGGGGUCUACUCGCAUUGACAGCGCUUGGCGCUGCGUACGAUGUGCAAAUGCGCGGCUCCUUUGGCGAAACUCCCGCUGCCCAGCCCAUUCAGAUCAAUGGCAUCUUCCCGGGCCUGACUGCAACUGCCGCCUCGGGGCCAACCCGCUCAGAGUGCGGCACAGGCGCGCUCAUGCCCUGGGCUGACAACCUCUACAUGGUGUCAUACCUGUCGGUACCCGAUGGUGGAUCCGGCACGGGCUUGUACUGCAUCCACCCAAACAUGACCAUGUCGCUUGUAGCUCCCCACAACUCGACCUACGCCAAUCGCAUGAUCCAUGUGCAAUCCGACUCGAUUAUCAUUGGCAUGUGGGCCAUUGAUGUACAUGGCAAGCCCCGCGAAUUUUCCAGCCUGGCCAAGGUGCGCAUCGGCGCCUCGGCGGUUCACCUGACCGAUCCUGACAACAAGGUGUACAUGCUGAGCAUGGAUGGCCCUCUCUACGAAUGCGACGUCCAUCGCAUGAAUUGCACCCAGCUGUUUGAUUUGGUUGCUGAGCUGAACAUCCCCAAAAGUGAGGGUGAACAGCCCCACUUCAAGGCGGCCCACAGCAUGGCCGGCAAGCUCUACGUCGCCACGAACACCUUUGAAGAGAAUGACUACCUGGGCGUGCGCCACGGUGGGCGCCUUGCUAGCUGGAGUGGGCCUGGUACCAACUGGACAAUUCUCGAGUCGUACGUUCCUACCUUCUGCUUGUCCCCUCCAUCACCAACGUCCCUGGUGCUCCAUAUAGCUGCUGCUCACCUCUCUGUUGCUACACUUUGCGUUGUUGCUCUAUUGUUUGUUCGUUUGUCGAUCUCUUUGCUUCCUCAACAAAGGACCGCGUUCGUUGAGGUGACGGGUCGCUCCAACUUUGGCCGGGUGGUCUAUGCCCUGGGCUGGGAUAAGCGCAGCGCCAUCCUCAAGGUUCUUGACAACGGUGACGGCGCUGACCCUUCCAUCGACACCAACUGGCAGACCUACCGCCUGCCCAAGGCCUCCCAUGCCUACGAUCACCUUUGGCAGACCGAGUGGCCCCGCAUCCGUGAGGUGGAGACGGAGCGCUACUUGGUAGACAUGCACGGCAUGUUCUACGAACUCUCUCCUCUUGGCUGGGCAGGAUCCACGUGGGGCGUCCGUCCCGUAUCCCAGCACCUGCGCAUGAUUCCCGACUUUGCUGCGUGGCGCGGCAUGUUGGUGCUUGGUGGCAACCAGGUCUCCUCUAUCUUCGACAACAACAUCAUUACGGGCCAGGCUCAGUCUGGGCUGUGGUUUGGUAAAACCGAUGACUUGUGGCAAUUCGGCAAGCCCAAAGGCUGGGGUGGUCCUUGGCGCUACGAUGCGGUGACCGCCAACGCGCCUUCAGACCCCUACCUGAUGACCGGCUUUGAUCACAUGGUGGCCCAUGUGCGCGUGGAGGAGGCCAAGGGCGAGGUUGACGUCACCGUUCAAAUUGAUUUCACAGGCAUUGCCGGCCACAUGAACGAGGCCUGGUCCAACUACACCACGUUGACCGGUAUGACGGCAGGUUCGUACAAGUACGUUGUCUUUGAAGCUGGAUUCUCGGCGCACUGGGUCCGCUUCGUCACGGAUGCGGAUGCUACCAUGACCGCCUACCUCCACUACUCGUGA